AUGUCGCCAACUCGUCGUAUGUUAUCUAUUACGGACGUACAGCAACAUCCCACCCCACAUCCAUCAAGCCCAAAACAAAGGCCUGAUCCGUCGACAGGCCGGGCGGGUUCUGCGGUCAGCCAACGACAUGGGCAUGUUCGAAGACCUCGGCCUCCGCCUCACCCCCCCCCUUCCUCCCCUCAGGGCCAGAGAGAAGAAGAGGAAGGCCAGAUGCAAAAGGCGCGAAUGGGAAACGAGUCAGCGAACCGCCUAAUGAAAGUCGGUCCCUGUGGCCAUAAAAGCCUUUGGCCGAACAAAUCUGGCCAACAACGAAUGAAUAUAUACGGAUAG